AUGGAAAUUAGGAAUGAUAUCAGUGUUCGUGUAUACAUGGAGACGAAAAAGGAAAACAAAAAUUUAGGAUCAUAUCCGCUAUGUAUAACAGUUCGCGAUUUCAAUAUUGAAUUGAGUAUUACCAAUGAGAACACAGCUGCAGGUACCAUAUUACCAUUGGCAUAUGCUGUUGUUGAUUCAGAGAAUGACGCAUCAUGGAAGUGGUUUUUUGAGCAAUUCAAGCUCGCGUAUGGUGAAAGACCAAAUAUGUGUGUUGUUUUGGAUCAGAAUGAGAGUAUCUUGAAGGCAACAUCUAUUGUUUAUCCUGGCAUGCCACAUUAUUCUUGCAUGUGGCAUAUUUGGACAAAUAUACGGGCAAUGUUCAAGAAGGGACAUCUUAAGCUAAGUGAAUUAUACUUUGCCACGGCGCGACCAUACACACUUGAUGAAUUUAAUGAAAGGAUGUCAAAGAUUGAGGAGAUUGACCCCCGUGUUAAAGCAUACUUAUACGAUAUUGGAUCUCAUAUAUGGUCUCGAUUACAUGCUACGGUAAACAAAACUUGGACUAUGACAUCAAACAUUGCAGAGUCGUUGAAUGCAGUAACAAAAUAUGCAAGAGAGUUGCCGAUAGUAGAACUAUUAGAGUAUAUGAGGACCCUUCUUGAACGUUGGAUGAAAGAAAAAUUAUUGAAAGCAAAGGGUACAUUCACAUACCUUGGAUACAAAUUCAACAAAGAGUUGGAUGACAACAGAACAUUGUCGCACAAACUUAGAGUGAGGGCUUCAACAGACUACAUCCAUAUGGUAAUAGAUGGUGUGAGACUCUAUAUUGUUUGUCUUGAAAAUAACAAAUGUAGUUGUGUGCAAUUCCAGCUUGAUGAACUACCUUGUCCACAUGCUUUGGCUGCUUUAAGACAAAGGGAUGAGUCUUUUGAAGAAUAUUGUUCUCCUUAUUACACAAGGGCGAACCUCUUGCGUACUUAUAAAAUACCAGUAAAUCCACUGCCUGAUGAGAGCAAAUGGAAUGUGCCACAACAUAUAACUGAAGAAGUAGUAAAUCCACCUAAAGGAGGAAAAAGGCAGCCAGGAAGACCUCAAAAAGAAAGAUACAAAACAUAUGAUGAAAUAAAUUCAAAAAAGUACAAGGUUUCAUGCGGCAACUGCGGAGGAGAAGGCAUAACAAAAGAUCUUACAAGAAUACACCCAAAAUGA